UUAAUCUAGAAAGAAGCAGUAAAGCAGCUUUUAUUUGAAAAACCCCUGGGUUCAGAGUUCAUUGCAGCGGGAAAACUGUUCUCUCCUGAGACGCAGGACUUGGCUUCGGAGCAGUGGGACCAGCUGAGGAGUCCCUCUUAGCGGACCAUGGCGACCUAUGCCCUGCAAAUUGUGGCCCUGAUGCUCGGUGGUAUCGGCCUGGUGGGCACUGUGGCCGUCACCCUGAUGCCACAGUGGAGAGUGUCCGCCUUCAUUGAAAGCAACAUUGUGGUUUUUGAAAACCUCUGGGAAGGACUGUGGAUGAACUGCAUGCGGCAUGUGAACAUCAGGAUGCAGUGCAAGGUCUACGAUUCCCUGCUGGCUCUGUCUCCGGACCUGCAGGCCUCCAGGGGGCUGAUGUGCACCGCCUGCGUGCUGUCCUUUCUGGCUUUCAUGACGGCCAUCCUGGGCAUGAAGUGCACAAACUGCACGGGAGACGACGAGAAGGCGAAGAGCUACAUUCUGCUCACGGCUGGCAUCAUCUUCAUGGUCACCGGCCUCGUGGUGCUCAUCCCGGUGAGCUGGGUUGCCAAUUCCAUCAUCAGAGACUUCUACAGCCCCAUAGUGGAUGUUGCCCAAAAGCGGGAGCUCGGGGAAGCUCUCUAUCUCGGCUGGACCACCGCCCUGGUGCUCCUGGCCGGAGGGGCUCUGUUCUGCUGCGUCUCUGGCUGCAGUGACAAGAGCAGGAGCUACAGAUACACCAUCCCAUCCCAUCGUACGACCCAAAAGAGCUACCACGGAGAAAAGAAAUCAUCCAGCGUCUACUCAAAAAAUGCGUAUGUGUGACUGCGUUUUUUAGCUUUACAUGCCAGUGACUAAAAUGUCUACUGUUUUCUAAAAAUGCAACCCAAAGAAACAUUGAUUUGCCCUUCUUAACUGCCUUGUCUAAAUGACAGGAACUGCACGUCAGCUACUUAGGAUUCUAUAAGCUAUUUUCAGCAGAAUGACAUGUUAUAGACAUUGCUUUGAUUGUUCUAGGAAAUGCAGCAAUUUGUUUCUGAAAUGCUUCAUGUAUUUUUUUUUCUUUUUAUCAGUUCCUUCAAAAUCACAUUGUUGAAGAUGAUUUUAUAACUGUGGUUUCUCUCUGAUUUAGCAUUAUGUAUAUAGAAGGGUGUGUGAUGUUUCUAUCUUUCCUAAGUAGAGACAGGCUCAUGUGGUCUAUUUUAAAUGAAAUACUGAUCCAUGGCACUGAAUAAAUAGAAUUCAACUAUUGCUUUUCAGGGGAAUCGGGGGUAAGAUUAAAGAAGGUUAAUAUUAAUUGUUUAAAAACAACUUAGCAAUGAACACUCCCGAUUUAUAAUGAAGGUUAAAAUGAAGGCUUUAAUCGGCAGGGUAAAGGAAGCUAAAAUGCUUUCUGAUAUCCCAUUUUUAGCGUAGGAGUUAGAAAUCCUAACUCGUUCUUUAUCCUCUUUCCCCAGAGGCCUUCCUUUCUUGUAUAUUAAAUUAACAUCUUUAAAAGGCAGAUAUUUGUCAAGGGGCUUUGCAUGCAAACUACUUUUCCAGAGUGAUCUUAAGAAGAAAGAUAAAAGUGUGGUCUGAGAAAAUUUGAAGACUUGAAGAAGAGAGAGUACUUUUCCCUCUUAAGUUGAAGAAUGCAUUUUGACAUGAUCUUAUAUGGUGAUGAAAAUUUUAGUAACUACUUGAAUACAGACUUCGGAGCUUAAUCAAUAUAAAAAAUGGGACAAAAACAAUUCUACUGAGACAUAAAAAUGUUCUUUGUGUCCCCACAAUUCAAUAUAAUUCAAUUUGAAAGUUUGUAACUACCUUUUACUAGUAUAAAUAACUAGUUUUUAUCUGCUU